GCCGGCCGCGCCGACGCGGAAGCCGCGGCGGGAGCAGGGCGCGCGGCCGCCGCAGGUGGACACCGCCGGGCUGGCUGCGGCGGGGUGAGCUGAGGGCAUGCGGCCGCCCGGGCUCUUCGGGCGGCUGAAGGCGGCGGUCGUCGGGGUGGUGCACGUGGGAGCGCUGCCAGGGACACCAAGAAGUUCUCUUCCAUUGACCCAAAUCAUUGAUCAAGCUUGUCAAGAGGCAGAAGCUUACAAGGAUGCUGGAGUUGAUGGCUUGAUAGUAGAAAAUAUGCAUGAUCUUCCUUACACAGUGUGUCCUGGGCCUGAAGUAACCGCAGCAAUGACAGUCAUUAGUGCUGCAGUGAGACAAACCUGCCCCCAUCUCGCGCUGGGUGUCCAGAUCCUGUGUGCUGCAAACCAAGAGGCAAUAGCAGUUGCUCUUGCUGCAGGUCUUAAUUUUAUCCGGGCUGAAGGGUUCGUGUUUUCUCAUGUUGCUGAUGAAGGGAUUAUAAAUGCCUGUGCAGGUAGCCUGCUACGGUACAGAAAACAAGUUGGAGCAGAGAACAUUCAGAUUUUUGCUGAUAUUAAAAAGAAACAUAGUGCUCAUGCCCUGACAGCAGACAUCAGUGUGGCCGAGACCGCUUCGGCUGCCGAGCUCUUCCUGGCUGAUGGGGUUGUACUGACUGGCACGGCUACCGGAUUGCCUGCAGAUCCCCAGGAGCUGAAAGAGGUUAAACAUGCUGUGAAGAUUCCUGUGUUGAUUGGGUCUGGAGUGACUCUGGAGAAUGUGAGGAGUUACUUGGAUGCAAACGCUCUAAUAAUUGGCAGCACGUUUCUGUGGCACUGAAAGCCAUCGCCAAUGCAAAACCAACUCUCUGAAGGCUUGUGUAAUAUAUUCUCUCCUAUAAGUAAAACGCUUAUGGAGUUUAAGAAUUUGUAGUAAAUAUUCAUCAGAGGUGAGCUGCGUUUUGUUUUGCCUGUGACUACAAUAGGAUGCCCUAAGUUUACAGCUAAAAGUAUUGUAAAUUGGACAAGUUAAUUAGCCUUCCAGUUUCCCAUCUGUAAAAUGAUGAUAAUAGUACCUACAUCACAUGGGGGUUGUAAGACAUAAUAAAUGAAUGAAUGUACAGCACUUUCAUCUCCUCAAAUGAAGGGCUCUAUUAAAGUUCAAGAUCGUUAUUUUUUCAUUAGAAUUGUGCAUUUAUUACAAAAAUGUAGUAAUUGUAUACCAUACAAAAAUUUAAGAUAAUUGGGAAAUUGAUUUACUUACACUUACUAGAGAAUAAAUGUAAAUAUUUAAUUACAUUCUAAGUAGAUUUGGAAUUUAGUCAAAAUGUUUUUUGCAAAAAUUGGGAAUUUUAAUAAAGGUUUGUUGUUGUUUUUCAGCAAA